UAUUUCAUCUUUGCUCACUUCAGAUCACAAGUGACAAGAUGCUCUUCAAGGUUGUGGCUGUGAUUCUUCUCUGGUCUCAUGUUGAGGCUCAGCUUCAGUUUGGACUUUUCCAAAAAGUGAGACUCGGAAACGUGCUUCAUGUGAACUGUGAAGUCAACAAAGAUUGGGUAACUUUGGUCUGGUACAAACUGGACACCAACAGGAGAUUACAAAAAAUAGCUAUAGAAUUUCGUGUUUCAGGUCUUAUAUUCAAAAAUAAACAUUACUCAUUGAAGUCCCACGAUACUGGUAGUACUCUGACUGUGGCAGACGUAACAUGGGAAGACGCCGGCACGUACUACUGUGGAAUAUAUAAAAACGAUUAUAUAGACUUUAGAGCAGGAACCGUUGUAGUGGUUGAAGGAGAGUCCAGGUCCAGACCAUCUGUGCUCCAGAGUCCAGACUAUAUCAGAGUGCAGCCAGGAGACUCUGUGACUCUCAGCUGCUCAUUUAACACCAGCCUCUGUCCUGAAGAAGACACCAGUGUCACCUGGGCUAAAAGUACUUCUGCUUCUCAAAUGUCUUCAUGGAACCCCAGGAUUACCACGAUGUUCUGUGAGAAGAGCGACAUAGGAGAAACUUCAUGUGUUCAUAAAGUGACCCUGACCUGGAAGGACUUCAGUUCUGCUGGAGUUGGGACCUACGUCUGUGUGGUGACUGUCUGUGGACACACGCUGCUGGGUACAGGGACCAGGAUAAAACAAGGGAAUGAGGAGCGCGUAAGCCCAGCGGCCGUGGUCCUGAUUCUGGUGUGUGUGGCGUUUGCAGUGACUGUUCUUCUUCUACUGCGACUGAUAAGAAAAAACAAGACGCAAACUACAGAAGUGGAGCGAGACACUCACAGAUCUCCUGAAGAUUAUGAGGCUGAAGAGAGUCACACUUAUGCCCAAGUGAAUCGACGGCCCGCACAGGCUCCAGCAGAGCUGCUCACCUACUCUGUAGUGAGAAUCUCUCGAGCCAAAUGA